UUUACAGUUGACUUACAGCUAACCAUUUGAUAACACAUUAGGCAGUCGCCAUUUUUUUUUUUAUUUCAAACAACAGAUUCGCUUUCUGCCUGCCGUGUGUCAACACAACCCCAGCCGCCGUGUAACGGUGGCGUAAAUGACACUGCAGCCAGGAAAGGGGUAGUAGUAUGUUAGGCUAACAACGCAGUCAGAAAUAGGCUGCUAUGGGCCUUCGGGUGACCUGACAGCCGAAGUAGCCAAAUCCCGUAGUCCAGCCUGCAUAUAACGACCGAUGAAAGGAUGAUACAGAGGUUAGAGAAUAUCUCCUGGGCUUGUGUGUUUGCUGUGGAUGUGAGUGACUUGGGCGCGUGAAUCUGCAGAUGUUGAUUGAUGUCCGGGCUCUGAUGAUAAGGCAGAUGGCUGUUUAGCGAGAGCGCCUCCUUGUUCAUCCCCAAGUAUUAGAUCCGCAGACGUCAACAAUGUUUUGGAAGUUUGACUUGCACACGUCCUCUCAUCUGGAGGCUUUGCUUGACAAGGAGGAUGUCACCCUCGCCGAGCUCAUGGAUGAGGAAGACGUGCUGCAGGAGUGCAAGGCCCAAAACAGGAGACUCCUCCAGUUCUUUUGCCAGGACCAGUGCAUGCAAGAGCUAGUUCAUUUGAUUACGACAGAGCCCCCUGCUGGCACAGAGGAGACCAAGCGCUUCAAAUAUUCAAACAUAGCAUGUGAGCUGCUGACAUGUGAUGUAGGGGUGAUCAAUGAUAAGCUUGGUAAUGAGGAGCCUCUGCUAGAAAAUCUGUAUGCUUUCCUGGAGCAGCCGUCCCCACUUAACCCCCUCCUGGCCUCCUUCUUCAGCAAGACAAUUGGGAACCUAAUAGCACGGAAGACUGAGCAGGUGAUUAGUUUCCUGCGAAAAAAGGAGGGAUUCCUUUCACUCGUCCUGAAGCAUAUAGAUACGUCUGCCAUGAUGGAUGUGCUGCUACGCCUUAUCAGCUGUGUGGAGCCACCUCCACUUCGACUGGAAACUCUUACUUGGCUGAACGAACAGAAACUGGCGCAGAGACUCAUAGAGCUCAUUCACCCUGAGAGAGAUGAAGAGAGGCAGACCAAUGCUUCCCAGACGUUGUGCGACAUCAUUCGUCUCAGCAGAGAUCAGGCCAGUCAGCUGCAGGAGAUCUCCCAGCCCGACCCUCUGCUGACUGUGCUAGAAUCGCAGGAGUGUGUGGAGCAGCUGCUGCAGAACAUGUUUUCAGGAGAGACGACUGAAAGCUGCAUCGUCAGUGGGAUUCAAGUUCUACUGACCCUGUUGGAAAUCCGUAGGCCAGUGGUGGACGGUGUAAUGGAUGCUCAGGGAUUUGAAAGAAGUUACACUGUUAACAGCAGUAUUUUAUUGGCUAUUCAGCCACACCUGAUACACUUCCACCAGCUCCUUCUGGAGCCACCUAAGCGAGAUCCCAUGCUGACUACUUUGGGUGUGCUGGAGGAACCACUGGGGAACACGCGGCUGCAUGUGGCCAGACUGGUGGCCUCUCUGCUUUACACCAGCUCUGCCAGCCACGCAGUCGUAGCACAGGAGCUCUGCAGGCUUAAUACGAUGGACCUUCUUCUAGACUUGUUCUUUAAGUACAACUGGAACAACUUUCUGCACCUCCAAGUGGAGCUUUGUGUUGCUGCCAUUGUCCGGCCAUGUGCCCAUGAAAUGAGACUGCAGCCUGGCUUAGCUUCCCAGGAUAAACCCAAUCCGUAUCAAGACAUACCUCAAGAGCAGAAUAUAAGCGAGACCCCAACCUCCGAACCUUCAGUCACCUCUGAAAACUCAACCCACAACUUAAUGGUGACUCAUUUGUUCCAACACUGCCACCUUGUCCAGAGGAUUCUGGAGGCUUGGGAAGAGAAUGAUAAAAUCCAGUCGGAGGGUGGCAUGAGAAGAGGGUACAUGGGACAUUUGACCAGGAUUGCUAACACCGUGGUGCACAACCUGGAAAAAGGCCCAGUUCACACCCAGAUCAGUAACCUCCUCUCAGAGCUGCCAGACGACUACAGAGGCCGCUGGGAAACCUUUGUGGAACACACACUAUCGGAGACCAACAGAAAAAACACCAUAGACCUGGUUGGAACUGGAAACCCUCGAUCUUCUUCAGAGGAUGACAUGGAGAGCCCCUUCCCUAAAGAGCUGACAACACAGCAGGCCUUUUCAGACUAUCAGAUCCAGCAGAUGACCGCUAACUUUGUGGAUCAGUUUGGCUUUAAUGACGAUGAGUUUACAGACCACGACGACAGCAUUGGGGCAACGUUUGACCGGAUCGCAGAGAUCAAUAUCAACAUUGAUGCAGGCCAUGACACUGCCAACACAGCUGUGUUUGAGGCCUGUUCUAAGGAAAGGAUUCAGCCGUUUGAUGAUGAUGAAGAGGACAUAUGGGAGGAAAAGGAAAUCAACUAUGCAACACAAACCAAGUCAAGAAACAGGUUCGGUGGCUCGCCUUCCUCCCAGAGCCAAGACGCCAGUCAGACGUGUGAGAGGACAGCAGCUUCCAGCACCGAGGUUCCUGACAGACCUGCAGACUCUGAUUCUGAGGAGGAAGACAAUAAAGAUGACUUUGGUCCGUUUUCAAACCAGGGCCAGACAGACGUGCCUCCAAGCUCUGACUGGGUUGCAGACUUUGGAGAGGUGAACUCAACGGCUCCUGCGGCUGGAGCAGCGCUUUCCCCCUGGGACGCUCCGGUCUCCCAGCCAGCUGCAACAGAGGCGAAGGACAAAGGGUGGGCCAAGUUCACAGAUUUUCAGCCUUUCUGUUGCAGCUCUGAGACAGGUCCCAGAUGCAGCUCUCCUGUGGACUCGGAGCUCAGUGGAUCAGACGGCACCAAACCAAACCCAAACCCAUGUGUGUGGAGCGCCUGCGUGGCAAGAAAAGCUCCACUUGUCGCGUCGGACAGUUCCUCCUCCAGCAGCUCAGACAGUGAUGAAGAGGAAGGAAAGACAGAGUCCACUUCCAGUGAGACGGUCACCACAGGUGCAGGGAAGGAGACUAUCCGGCUGACUGUGGAUGCCAAAAAUGAGAGGGCAGUCUUCACAAGUGAAGUAGAUAAGGUGCCUAUAGAUGGACUCACAAUCAAGGAAAAAGAGAAAGACGGAGACAAAGAAGAUGACAAAGAAAAGAAACAUGGAAACGGUUCCAGCACAGUUACUGCCAGUCCAGCUAACCAGUCGGCUGCUGUCACACAAAUCUGUAGUCUCAACGGAUGGAUGAUUGGGAGUGAUUUGAUCAUGUCGGUCUGGACACAUUUCUCAGCUGCAACCUGCCUACCUUAGAGAAGAAAUCACUGAACUCCAUAUGCG